AUGGCAACUCUUAAGGAAAAACUGAUUGCACCAGUUGCAGAAGAGACAACCAUCCCAAACGAUAAGAUCACUGUAGUUGGUGUUGGACAAGUUGGUAUGGCGUGUGCCAUCAGCAUUCUGGGAAAGUCUCUGGCUGGUGAACUUGCCCUUGUGGAUGUUUUAGAAGAUAAACUCAAAGGAGAAAUGAUGGAUCUACAACAUGGGAGCUUAUUUCUUCAGACACCUAAAAUUGUGGCAGAUAAAGUGGAUAUUCUCACAUAUGUUACCUGGAAACUAAGUGGACUACCCAAGCACCGUGUAAUUGGAAGUGGGUGUAAUCUGGAUUCUGCUAGAUUUCGCUAUUUUAUGGCUGAAAAACUUGGCAUUCAUCCCAGCAGCUGCCAUGGAUGGAUUUUGGGAGAACAUGGCAAUUCAAGUGUGGCUGUGUGGAGUGGAGUGAAUGUGGCAGGCGUUUCUCUUCAGGAACUGAAUCCAGAAAUGGGAACAGACAACGACAGUGAAAAUUGGAAGGAAGUGUGUAAGAUAGUAGUGGAAAGUGCCUACGAAGUCAUCAAGCUAAAAGGAUAUACCAGCUGGGCUACUGGAUUAAGUGUGGCUGAUCUCACUGAAUCCAUGUUGAAAAAUCUAUCCAGGAUUCAUCCAGUGUCAACAAUGGUGAAGGGGAUGUAUGGCAUUGAGAACAAAGUCUUCCUGAGCCUUCCGUGUAUCCUGAACGCUCGGGGCUUAACCAGUGUGAUCAACCAGAAGCUGAAGGAUGAUGGGGUUGCCCAGCUCAAGAAAAGUGCAGAUACCUUGUGGGACAUCCAGAAAGACCUAAAAGAUCUGUGACUUCUGGCUUCUAGGCUGUAGAAAUGUAAAACUAUGAUGUGAUUAACUGUGAGCCUUUAGUUUUUCAUCCAUAUACAUGGAUCACAGUUUGCUUUUAUCUUCCUAAAUAUGUGAAUCUGGGCUCACAAAAUCAAAGCCCAUGCUUGGUUUAAUGCUUGCAAUAUGAGCCC